AUGACAGCUAUGAAGGUUUUCCUGUCGUGGGCCGCGCGGUUCUAUCCCGUGAGCAGCACAGAUGUCCAAGGUGCAUGGCAGUAUGUUUGGGGAUCGACACCCACAGUGCAACCGAAUUGGUUCUCAAAACUCAGUGGUGGCAUCGUGUUUUGGGCGGUUUGCUGCAGCUGGCAUUUCGCGCAACGAAAGCUGUGGCUCAUGUGGGAGAUGCCCGGUGAGCCUGGGCAGGCGGUCAGAUUUCAACGGCCCAGACCUGGAGAACAGCAGGUGGUGCUGAACAUUUUGGCUGUACUUCUUCCAUCCAUGUUCUGCUUCGGCUGCUAUGCCUUUGCUCAACCACUGAUUCGCUGGCUCGUGAAUCCGAUCUUCACGGCAAAGGCCCGUUGGGUGCAGAUUGUGGUGACUGCCUUCAUGUUCACCAUGGCUUUUUGCAGCAACCACUUGAUGACUUCGAAUUGGGUGGUUUGGUCUGUGGGUGUCUUCACCUUCAUGAGCUGGGCCUUUUGUGGUCGCACGGUGGCUACCGAAGUGGUGAAGCUGCCAUGCACGGGUAAACUCUGCAAGCUGAAAGGAUCUGAACUUCAUGUCUUGAGACCACACGCGGCAUCCGCUCUGAGUUGGCCCGGUGAUGAUGCCAUCCUGGUGCAAUCAUCCUCGGACCAAUCGUGGCUGUAUGUGGGCUCUUGCGGCCGUGCCAACCUCUUCCGUCCCGACGUGCUGCUGGUUCUCCUGACAGCCUACUUGUGGCGUAUGCCCUGGUUUAUCCUUGGAACAGGGAACUACAAUCAAUGCCCCGGAUGGGCCGAGUUGUGCAUGAUCUUCUACAUCCCCUUUGGCUAUCCAUCUCUCGCGACCUUUGGUUUUCGGUUAGCUUUGGCGAAUCGAUGGAGCAUCUCUGCAAUGCUUGUACUAACAGUUUGGCCCUUUGUGAACUUGUGCCUUGGAGGAAAGGGCUGCAGCACCCUCUCCGAAUUAUUGAUCGGUGAAACCUUGCCCGAAAUUUGGAGCAUCUCAGCCCGAGAAAUCACCUUUGAUCGAGGAUAUGAGACGUGCUCUGUGAAGGCCUACGAUGAAGGGGGUGAGGCACUGCUAGUAGCAAGUACCACAGUUGCAGCGUGGGUGCACAUUAUGUCCAACUACUCGUUCUUGUUUGGCUUUGCUUAUGGUUUGAUCGGAAAAUGCACGACUGGCUGGGGAAAGGACCUUCAGGCGGACGUGAAGAUGACAGUUGGUGAGGCGACAGCCUUGAGCUGCAACAGCGCUGCUCGCGCCUAG